UCCUUCCUUUACACUUUCCUCUUUCACUUUCAUUUCUAGGUUACUCUCUCUGUCUCUCAUUUUUUUUGUUACGUUUCAUUUUCAUCACCUGCUUCAAAAAGACCACUACCAUCAUCUUCAUCAUAUAUAUUGUUAAUGGGUUCUAUGGGGUGUGAAUGCUAGUGUUGAAGAAUAGAAUGGAUUUUAAGGGUUCUGAUAACUCAGAGUUUUGUGGUGUUGGUGAGAAAAGUAUAUGGCAUCCAGUUUCUUAUGACGACGCAGAUUAUGAUGAUGAUGUUCCUUUGUCAAGAAGGUUAUCCAUAUGGCAUCCAGUUUCUUAUGACGACGCAGAUUAUGAUGAUGAUGUUCCUUUGUCAAGAAGGUUAUCCCAUAUGUCGAAUUUGGUAACACGGUUUAGUAACCGUGAUAUUCCUCUUAAGAAGAGGCGUACUGCUACAAUGCCAUUGUCAGUCAAGAGGCCAUUUUACAACAGCAGUUCCUUGAAUGAUUCUGUUGAGAAAUCAAAGGCAUCGCAGUAUGGUAAUCAAGAUAAAGAAAAAGAUGAUGCUCCUUUGAGUCGGGACUUUGUGUCAUCGAAGAUGAAGAAGCAAUUUGAAGAGCGGGUUAGGGAUCUUCAGUUAAAAGAGAAAAGGUGUGCAGAACGAGCGGUGGAGCUUGAGGCCAAGGAGAAGCUCUUUGAAGGCCGUGUAAAGGAGCUCAAGUUAAAAGAGAAUCGGCUCAAAGGUGAAGUGAAGGAGUUUGAAUUGAAGUUGGAGAAAUUUCAUUGGCAAACGAAGGAGCUUGAAUCUAAAAAGAAGAAUUUUGAUAGCCGGGUGAAGGAGCUGAAUUCAAAAGAGAGGCAAUUUAAAGGAUGGGUGAAGCAGUUAGAGUUAAAAGAGGAACAAUUCAAAGGCCAAGUGAAGGAGCUUGAAUUAGAAAAGAAGCAAUUCGAAGAGCAAUUGAAGGAUAUCCGAUCAAAAGAAAAGCUGGUUGAAGUCCAAGUGAAGGAGUUUGACGGCCGAGGAAAGGAAUUUGAAUCAAAAGAGGAUGGAUUCAAUGCUCGAAAGCAGAAGCUCAAGGGUUUUGUAAGCCAAAUGGAAGAUUUGAAAUCAGAAGAGAAACAUUUUGAAGGACGAGGGAAAGAGCUCAAGUCAAACGAUAAGAUGUUCAAAGUAGAUGCGAAGGUGCUCAAUCCAAAAGAGAAGCAGACAAAGUCAAAUAAAUUCGAUGAAGAAACAGAAUUGGUUACAUCAUACAUAGGUAAUCAAUUAAGUCCCGACAUUGAUGAAAGAAGUUUGAUGUUGCUCUCAUGUGAGCAAACUGAUGAGCUUGAGUUGUUUGAUGAUGACAUUCUUGGUAAUCUUCAAGGAUCAUCAGAUCCAUCAAAAGUUGUUUUGGAUAUAAUACAGAACCCGAUUAUUAAAAAGUGUAAGAUAGGAGACGAUGCUGUAAUUAUUGAUGAUAGCCACAUUCUUCUGCUCAAGGAACUGAGGAAAAUCUCACUAGAUAUUAAACCUCAUGUAAAAGAAGAAGCAAUGAAGCUAGCACUUGAUUUGAAAGCCAAUAUAAGUCAAAACACAGAAAAUUCAGCGGCGAUUCUAGGUUUUCUACUCCUUCUGUCAAUUUAUGGGCUGGGUCCAUCUUUCAAUGAAGAUGAUGUUUUAAAGCUUUUUGGACUUGUUUCUCAGCACGACAUAGCUGUAGAGCUGUUUGGGGCCUUGGGAUUUGCAAAUAAAAUAUCUGAUUUUGUACAGAGUCUUAUCAAGAGACAGCAAUAUGAUGAAGCUGUUAGAUUCAGUUGUGCAUAUAACUUCAGCAACAAUACUCAGCUAGUUGAUAUCUUUCAAGAACAUGUGCAGAAUCUAAAUUUAAUCUUUGAGAGCAGUUGCAAGGAAGCCAACUCCAUUGAAAUUAAGGAUAAAGCCUGAGAUCAAGAGAUUGCUAGUCUCGGAGCUGUUCUACAAUGUAUAGGUGAUAACAAGCUAGAAUCUGAGAAUCAACUUAACAAGAUUCACGGUGGCAUUAAUGAGCUACUGGAACCAGUGAGUGCCAUACUACAAAUACGCAACAACCUAAUGUGUAGAUAUGUGGUAGCGAAAACGCUAACAUGUUUCCUUGUAAAUGAAUAACAGGAUUCUUUUAGUGUAUUACUCUAUGUAGAAUGUCUAAUUAGAAAGAAUGGAAACUCAUGAUAAAUUGACAGGGUCAACUCUAUCUUUGAUAUGUAGAAACAUUUUCAUGUAGAAACUGACUAUAUGGUCUCCAUGCCAUGACACACUUUGGUUCAGUGUUCAUGUAAUUAACCUCAUACACUUGAUGCAACGCAUUUUCAUAAA